UAACAAGCAGCUUUUUACAGUAAGCAGUUAGGAAAGAUCCUCUCUGCCUGGACAUACCUUCACCUUCAACUCAGUUUCUUUAAUGUUCCGCUAAAGAUUGAGAAUUUUUUGUUCUGUUUUUGCCUGGGAGAUCAUCUCGUUUUGGACUUACAAUGAUUAAAGGUGUUUCUGAUGUUGCUGCAAUGUGCGUCGGCCUGGUUGGGCUGAUCGGAGCCUCAGCUACCACAGGUCUGCCAAUGUGGAAAGUGACUGCUUUCAUAGGAGAAAACAUCGUUGUGAUGGAGACACGCUGGGAGGGCUUAUGGAUGAACUGCUACAGACAGGCAAACAUAAGGAUGCAGUGUAAGGUGUACGACUCCUUGUUGUAUCUGCCCCCCGAUCUGCAGGCUGCCAGAGGCCUGAUGUGCUGCUCUGUUGCCUUGUCAGGGUUAGGCCUCCUCAUAGCUCUAGCAGGAAUGAAAUGCAGCAACUGCCUUCAAGGUAACAGAUGGGCUAAAACAAUCAUUUUAAUGAUUGCUGGAGCAAUGCAGUUCAUGGCCUGCAUUUGUGUUUUCAUACCGGUGUCUUGGACUGGUCAUGUCAUCAUUCAAGAUUUUUACAAUCCGCUGCUGAUUGAUGCCCAGAGGAGAGAGUUGGGAGAAGCUCUUUACAUCGGUUGGGUGACGGGAGCGGUUCUUUUUGCAUCGUCCUUGUUGUUCAUCUGCAGACGAAUUCCCUCAGAAAAAGGCUCAUUUGAUGUAUACUCCCCAAUGAAAUUGCUGAAUUACAAGCCAGAAGCAAACAGACAAGCAAUGACAAGAUAUCGGCCCGUUUCAAGUGCUCCAAGCAUUCAGUCGAACCCGUAUCGGAAUUCCCCCCAGGGCAACGGUCCAGUACCACUUCAAAAUUUCCAAGUAAUGACAAGCAAUGGAUCCCCGAUGAACCCAGCUAUUUUCUACACUCCUGGUCCAUUUGAAAAUGCAUCACUGCUGUAUCAAGGAAGCCUGGCUCAUCAGUCUUCAAUGCCAAGCUCUUACCACCCCAGCAGCAUUUACACCUCAGGAAACUCGUUAUACAUGACCCAAAACCCAACUCCGUACUCACCAACGUAUACCGGGAAUGCAACCUCAUCCUUCCAAUCAAGCUUUCAUCCUGUUCCACAGACUCCUGUUUUUAUAAGCUAUAAGCAAUCCAUGGUUAACCCAGAGUCUCGCAGCCUAAGCCACAAUGGAGUCUACAUAUAAAGUAAAUUUGAAUUGAGAAAGCUUCCUGGAGGGGAAGUGAAACGUCUUCAAACCUUGGAAACAAAGUCCAGUGGAUUGUUUUUUAAACUUUUACGGAAUAUAUAA